GGCCUGCGAAAACCAAACAAGGCCAAAUCUUUGGCCGGACUUGGGCUUGUUUUAAUAUUAUUACAGCCCUUGAAUAAACGUGUUCGAACGCGUCCAAAUACUGAACGCAAAUAGACUGAACUUUUCCAUCACCAGUACUGCAGCGGCAACGCAAGUGGGAUGCGUGUGCCAAGGCAGCCUCGUGUCUGGGGCGUCUAAUGAGGCACGAGUUGGGCACGAGGCAGAGAAAGAUUGAUGAAUAUUUGCCAUACGCUUGCAAUCCUUCGACCAAGUCUACCUCGAUUGUACCCCAUAAGAUCGACCUCCAAUCAAAUGGCGUCGCUCGCUCCAAGCACCACGCCAGUUCGAGUGUUUGAAGAUCAUGAAAGGCGUAUAAACGCAGUUGCAGUUUUACCUGAUCAACGGCGCAUGGUCACAAGCUCGGAAGAUAAUACACUUCGUCUGUGGGACUUGAAGGAAGGUGCUGUGUUGAAGAAAAUGGUGGGGCAUCAUGCCAAUGUGAAAGCAUUGGCGGUAUCACAAGAUGGGCAAUUAAUAGCAAGCGGUGAUCUGGACGGAGAGCUCAAUGCUUGGCAUGGAGACACUGGAGAUUCUCUCACCCCAACUAUCCAAGCUCACGAAAAUAUCUAUUCCCUGGAUUUUUCUCCAGACGGCUCAAUGCUAGCAAGUGGUUCAUGGGACGACACGACCAAGCUGUGGAACACAACCACGUGGCAACCUUCAGGAGCACCAAUCAGUUGUGGUGCAGAUGUCAACUGCGUUCGGUAUUCGCCAUCCGGCAAGCGUGACUGCGUCGCGAAGUUCGAGGGUCACGCAGCGUUCAACUCAUUCAACUAUUCUCUCGCCUGGACGCCCGAUGCUACAUGCCUUCUCUCAGCAGGCACUACCAUACGGGCGUGGGAUUCAUCGACCUGGGAGCAGGUUGGUCAUCCAUGGAGAGGUCAUACCGAUGCUAUCAACUCCAUUGUCGUCAAUGCAUCUGGCACGCUCCUUGCAUCUGCAUCUAGUGAUAAAUCUGUACGCUUCUGGCGGCUCUCGGAUCGGCCAAUGAUGCACUCCAGCAAAGUGCGGUGCGUCGCCUUCUCCGUAGAUGGCAAGCAUAUCCUCAGCGGAGGUGAUGAUCUCAAGAUCUCAGAGUGGAAACUACCCAAGGGACUGUCACUGACUCAAGGCUCUGGUUUCAAGAUCCUUGUUAUCAACGCGGCAGCCCGCAAUGCAUGUAUAACUGGGGACCUGCCUGCUGCUAUACAGUUGUUCACACAGCAAAUCGACGCCGAUCCCAACAACUUUGAUUCAUAUGCCAAUCGUUCAUUCGUCAUGGCGAGACAGCUUGCCUGGAAGGACGCGCUCCAGGAUGCAACCAAGUCGGUCAGCAUCGAGCCCUCCUUGAUCGGCCAUAUCUCCAAGGGCCUCUCCCUAUGCGGAAACCAGCAGGUGCACGAUGCGAUGGCAGAAUUUGACCUUGCGUUCGCGUUCACGAACGCAGACCCAAAGACGACCCAUUUCCUUUUCUUGAUCAAGGCCAUCGCAUUGUUCAAUACCAAUCCCUGCGAAAAGACCGUGCUGCCUAUCCAAGAGCUAGCUGCUCGUCCCAAUGCCGAUCCUCUCGCUUGUCGUGUUGUGGAAGCGUAUAUGCGAGUUCAGCUUGGGACCAUUGCCAUGGAUGGCGCGCUUCACAGUGAUGCUGCCGGCCACUUUACUGCCGCAGUCAACGCUGGCGCUUUCUUUUCAAAAUUGGACAUCCAUUAUAUCUUUUCGGCUGGGACCUCAAGUCCUUGUGGCAAACCGCAAACCAACAACGCUGUCACGCACUCGUUCGGGCAGGUAAAGUUGGGGCUACCCUCGAAGCAUAUCGAUAUAUGUUGGACAUGAGUGAUGAACCCACGAAGGCCAUCUUCCGUGCUUGGGUUCCUGGCAA